AUGAGGGGAAUGGCCGCACCGAAGAUACACAGGCUAGAGGAGAGCGUAUUCCUUCGACUGCGGUCGCAGCUAUCGAUCGUCUCGGUGGGCGCUGCAGUCAGAGAGCUGAUGCAGAAUAGCGUCGAUGCAUGUUGUGGGAGGCUAGAGGUGUCUGUCGACCUUGAUAGAUGGCGUGUGCAUGUACGGGACGAUGGAGAGGGACUGAAUCGUGAAGAGCUGGCCAAGGUUGGGCAGUGGCACUAUACGUCGAAGCUCCGGCGGCUAGAAGACUUGACGGCCACAGACACAUAUGGGUUCCGUGGCGAGGGGCUGUACAUGCUGAGUAACAUCAGCCGAGUAAUUUUGCUCUCGAAGCGCGCAGGCAUGAAGCAUGCGGCAUUGCACCGCCUCCCUGCGACAGACAAUGCGCUUCCAAGAGAUAGUGACGACAUCCGCCUUCUGGACGGCGCACACGGAACGACAGUAAUCCUUGAGGAUCUAUUCUAUAAUCUCCCGAUCAGGCGGCGCAUGCUGGCACGGACGCCGCCACACAGGCUUUAUGACGAGAUUCGAGCAGAUGUUCUGCAGUUGCUGCUCUUCUGUCAAACAUUGCAAGUUUCUGUGCUCGUCAUCAAGAAUAACCAAGAAAAGCAAAUAGUCCGUUCCGGGAACCUGACGCAGCUGACUUUUCCCGAUACGUUGAUGGCUGUUCUCAUGUGCUGUCUGGGACCCGUAGUUGCUGCCAAGGACCUGCAGUAUGUGUCUGCCAAGUAUCAAGACAUCGAAGUGCAAGGGGUUAUCUCUACAGUGGGCGUACCUUCGAAAGACUACCAAUUCAUAUACAUUAACAAACGCCGAUAUGAAGACAAAAGAUUUAUCUUCGGCUUCAACAAGCUGUUCCGUUCCGCCAGGUACAAAGAGGACAAUAUGCUUGCUGCAUCGACUAGGGGAGGGCAGCAAGCCUACAGCGGAUAUCCGGUAUAUCUGCUCGUAUGCAAGGGUCCUCCCUCUAUCAGUGACCUUUUACAGAACCCAUCUAAGGUAAUUGAGAACCUGGAGUACGGACGAGUGUUGCAGCCAUUGCUUUGCCAAGUUGCGAAGUCCUUCUUAAGACAUUAUGGGCAUGCCACAGUCUCAUUUCUCGACAGGAAAAUGACAAGGAACCGCCUUCGGGCAGAGCUGCCAUUGCCUAUACAGGGCAAGACGGACCAAGACGCCCCUGAAAGCUCUUUACAUUCUGGAACCGACGCUAGGCACCUUCUCAAUGGAGGGAUUAAUCCUGUGAACCAGCAUCCCAAACGGAAAAAGUACAACCCACCCGUGGCUUCUAUGAAUAGCUCGGCCGAUGCAACUAAGAUUCUGGAGCAUGUGGCGAAAAUAAGAACACGGAAUAUCAACGUAGGUCUGCCGGUACAGAAACCGGUGGGGUCCGGCUCUAUUUCGUCAUCCUUGGCGUUUUCCGAUGAGCACCUAAGCGUCGACUCUAUACAGCUAAAAGAUUGCAUAGUGAUCAAUCAGAUUGGCAACAAGUUCAUCCUGUUAAAACUGGAGCCGUCACGUAGCCGUACCACACCUUUGCUUCUUAUCCUUGACCAACAUGCAGCGGAUGAGAGAGUUAAGCUUGAAGCCUAUACGAGGGAUUAUCUAUUCACGCUACUCACGGCGCAGCCAUCAUUCUACACCACCCCAUGUAGCAUCGCUAUGGAUCUGACCCAUACUGAAGCAGAUAUUUUACUCCACUAUAAGCGCGAAAUAGAAUUUUGGGGGUUUGAGAUUUGUUACAAAGAUGAAUACACUGGACCACUCUACCUAAAAGCAAUACCGACAUUAUUUGAUGCAAAAAAGAAAAAUGACGUUCACUAUUUGAAAAGAGCGUUGCUGCAAUAUGCCUAUGAUUUAAAGUCAUUGAAGAAAACCAAAAUUACGUCCAUUGAAGCUGAUGGCUAUGUAACAAAACAUCUGAAUGAGUUCGCAUGGUGGAAAUACAUGAACGCAAUACCUACCGUUUUUCUGGAGAUAUUAAAUAGUAAGGCUUGCCGCUCUGCUAUUAUGUUUGGGGAUAAACUAAAUCACGAUGAGUGUCUAUUCCUGGUCAGGCAACUGUCUACUUGUAACAUGCCCCUGAGAUGCGCUCAUGGCAGGCCAUCAGUUAUUCCAAUAGCCGACCUGAAGGGAUUGGGUUCCAUAGUUUUUGAAAGUUAUAUCGAAGAUUACCGAAUCACUUAA